CUACAUCCUGGUCAAAGCCAUUGCGUCUCAAGCACCUCUCAGAUGUAGUUGGGAUAUCAUAGCAAGUUUGAAGAUGUCUUUCCUCUCAAUAAAUAAUAGUAACCAUGCAGUGAUACACACUGGAUGCAUCAUCCUUGCAUUCAUCACUCAGGUGAUCGCAAGCAUCUUCUUCUCUCUUGGGCAGGAAGGCAGUGUGCCCAAUGCUCUGUUUCAGACCUCUUUCAGGAAUGUUUCUGAUACCUUCCACCUGGAGGUGACCAUGGACUGGUGGUCAAUAAACUUCUGGAUUAUGAUUGAUUUGUGGUCCAUGGCUUGGCUCGCAUAUGCCAUGGUCACCAUCUUUCGAAGAAAUGUUCUUGUUCCUGUGUCCUGCAAUCCAGAAAUCCACCCCCCAGUUUUCUAUCUCAUCUGGGCAACAAUUAAUGUUGCAAGAGUAUGCAUCAUGCUGCUGUUUGACCGCAACUACAUACUAGGAGCUGUGGUGUUCAAGUGGAUUCUACCCGUCGACAGUUUCUACAUGCUCUACAUGUCAUACUUCAACCUUAAUAAGCACAAAACCUGGCUGGCAAUCAACAACCCCAGCAUGAUCUCAUGGACACGUUACCUGACCCAGAAUGGGCUUGCAAUGUUUGCCUGGUGGUCUCUUCUGGAUGCUGCAGUUGGUCUUGGUAUAGUGCUCAAGUACAACAACAAUGUGCCAGACCCACUGAUAAGUACCAUCACCCUCUCCAUCAUCUUUUUGUGCAUUUUCGUCUGGUUCACCCUUCAAAGUUUGCUCUUAACCAAGUACAUGAGCCACACCUACAGCGUUUACGCUAUUCUCAUUCUGGGCCUCGGUGCGAUGCUAACCAACAGCUACCGUGUCAGUGAUCUCUCUGUAAACACAGCCAUCUGCGGGAUCCUUAUGCUUCUCACAACUAUCAUGAGUCUCACCCAUACCAUCUCUGCAUGCAUGUACACGGGAGAGUCAAGCAAACCCCUUGCUGUGGGGCCUUAUGUGACUUUUGAUGGCUGUGACACUGUAUGUCAACUCGAAGGAAACAUCAAGCACAAACCUCAGAAGUGAUAUUGCAAACAAAAGACCGUAAAAAUACAGUUUGAUCACUUGCCUUGAAUAUCAGUUGAUACAGUCUGACCAUUUACAUCUGCACCAGCUGGCUGUUCCACUUCAAAUUUGCACCACAAGGGAGCAGCAAACACUUACUUAACAGAGGGAAUAUGAAAUUUUGGAUAUACCAGAAGAUGGCAUAGUUCCUCGAGCUUUCACAUAAUAUUAUGCUCAUGAUGUUGAAAAUAAUGUAAUUGAUCGAAAACUAUCCAAUUCUAUUCGAGGUUAACACAUACUUUGUUAACAAAUGAGGCUCAGAUGCUUUUUAUCUGUGUAACCGUCAUUCAGGAAAAAUUGUAAAUAAAAGUGGAAUCAAUAAAAAAAGAUGUGAGGAAAAAAUUCUCCAAUUAAAUCAGAGUACAUUAUGAAACAAAACGGCUGUGCUCCCUCGAUUCUUGUCUCAGUGCCUCGCCUUGUGUGUGACACUGUAUCACAGAGAUAAUCACAACCGCUCAAGUUUAUGAGGGCCCUCUUUCUUGAUGCAGCUUAAGGGAUGGAAUAUCAAACAUGGUCAAUGGCUGUUUGGAAGAGCUGUGCGACCUUUGAUGAGGACACUGAGCCGUGUUGAACUGAGCAUCACAUGAAAGCAGAGGAGCAAAGAAAGACAAUAGGGAUAUGAAUGUGGACAUGGCAAUAUGAGUUUGUUUGGUGAGAAUAAUAAAGGAAGUAAAUUAGAAACAAAAAUAAUUGUUAAACCUCAUAAACACAAAAUGAGCUGUAUGUAAUCCAGAUAUUUUGGAAAUUAUUUGCAUGACAUUUUUAAUUUUUUUUAUAUUUUACAACAAACUGCAUAUUUUGGUGUAGUUUUCUCCACUUGAGCUUGCAAAAGCAUCCUGUGCAGUGGGUAGGUGUCUCUGACCCCAAUCCCACACUCACAUUUGGACAUUCAUUUGGAAGAAAAUCAGUAGAAGAUUAUCAUAAUGUGGAAGUGAUUAGCUUCCAGGGUGAUAGUUCAAAGACACUGCAUCAAUGUUCAGAAUUUUUUAAUCACAAUCUUGUUUUGCGAACAUUUUGAAUACACUAUGCACUUUUUCAGAAAUCCAAACACUAGGAAACAUUUCUUCAAAGAUGCAACAUUAAAAGUAAUGAACUUUUGCCCAUUACUAAAGCAGUGGACUUUAUUGUAAUUUAUUGAGAUUUCUGUAUUUUUGUGAUUAUAAUGUCAGCAAUUUAAUCAAUUAAUGAAGAACAAACCGGUCCUUAGUUGCAGUUUCGUUGUAAACUUCACUGUAAAUGGAACAUUUAAAAGACAAGAACAACCACAUGAAGAAGUUUUGAUAAUUUAAGGAAUAUAUUGGUUUUCAUUUGAAAUCUAACUAAAUGCACCCACUGAGAUCAUUAAAGGUGGCGUUAGAUUAAAAAUAUAUUUCCACAGUACAAGAGUAAGAUAAAAAUAUAACCCCAAAAUAUGCAUGAGCAAUAUUAGAUUCAAAAUGACCAAUCCCAUUGUCUUUAAAACAUAAUGUCCACUGGUUCCUCCUUGGAAAAACAAAUUAUAAAUGACGACUACUAAUUAAAGAUGUCCAUUAAAUUGCGACAUGGGUGUGAAUCCUUCGCAUAUUGCACCAUUGCAUUAUCACUCUGCCGCUCUGAGGCCAAAUUCUCCAUGGACUAAAAUGCUGGGUGGAAUGGUAGACAUGUGGCAAGAAAUGAAGGAAUUUUACCGUCUGGUAGCAUUGUAAUUGUUUCUGUACUCUCCAAAGACCUCUUCAACCAUAAGAGAAAUAACCUAGAUAUGCAAAUUAGCAAUCCCAAUUAAUUUAAUUCAUAUAAUUAUGAGGAGAAAAGAGAUAGGGUUGGAAUAGAAGUCUUACCUUGUGCUAACUUGUCCUCCCAUUCAAGCCCCCUCACUCUACAGGGUACAGCUAAAUUAGCUCAGAAUAUUGAAGCAUGCUCGGCUACACAGAUGAGCAUCAAUUAUCUAACAUUUUAAUGAGCAGUCUUCAGUCUAUAUAAUCAACAAAGUUUGAGCCACUGCUAGAGAUCAAUCUAACUUGGGGAUUUAAUGUGAUCACUAAGUCCAUGAGCACGACCCCAUUUUAAAUUAUCCUAAAAAUCUUAAACAUUGCCAUCCAGUGUCUGUCUGAGCUGUCUGAGCUCUUUCCAAAGGAACAAUGAGAAAGGGAGUGUCCGUACUAAAUGCAAAGAAACUAGGAAUUAAAACAAAACUUGGCUUGGCUGCCAUUAAGCAAAGUCAGUGCACAUUGUGGAUUGGUCAACAGCCCAUCAAAAUGUGAACUGACAAUAGAGGAAUCUUGAUUUGAAAAGGCCAACUCAGCAACAAUAGUUAAGAGAAAACUGUGUAAUUAGACGCAGACCCAGAGUAUGUUGUCACUUUGUGAGUAAGCGGAUCAAAAUUUGAAAAUUUUCCUGCCAUUCUCAAAUGUGUCUUCCUGACCAUGAAAACUUAAGAUGAUAAACUUCUGUAAAUUUGUUGACACACAUGAAUUCUUGCACAAAUUGAUGUCAUCAAGUAACCAUUGUUUCAUGUUCCCAACUGAAUUUGUUGUAGGUGGUUGCCUGGGUUAACAUUAAACAUUAUUUGUUGAGCCUGAAUUACGCAUGACAAAAUGUUUUGAAAUAAUAAAAGAGUACAUUGCAAGUUGCCACUGUAGAUACAUUAUGGGUUUUUUUUCAACAUUACAGCAAAUGUUACUGAUAGGAUAUUUUCCCACUGAAGAAUAUUAGAGCAACCGAGUUCCGAGUCAGCUGGAAUAUGGAAUGUGGAUGUGACUUUAUUCAUUCAGGAUAAGGUGUUUUACAGCUGCAAAGACUGAAAACAAUAAAUGAUCAACUCCCUUUCUUACUGGAAAGAAAAGCUCAACAUUUCCAUAAAUUAAAAAAGCUUUUUUGUGUGUGUUGGUGCGUGUGAAUAUAAUCACAGUGAUUUUACUGUAUGUUUUUGCACAUUGUAGACAAUACAUUCACAGGUGCACUUACAGGGUUCCAAAGAUGCUGAAUACAACAUUAACACUAAUCACUAUAAGGGAUGCGUAAUGAUACAGGAUUUGAGCUGGACCUGAAAUAAAACUUGC